GGCAACUGUUGGAAAGGUAGGCCCUCAAAGCGCCAAGAUGGCGGCUCCCAUGGGAGAUGCCGGGGAGUUUGAAAGCUGGCUCAAUGACCGACUGGACUCGUUAGAAGUUGACCGUGAGGUGUACGGUGCAUAUAUUUUAGGAAUACUUAAGGAAGAGGAGAGCGACGAGGAAAAGGAAGAUGCGCUUCAGGGAAUUUUGUCCGCUUUUCUGGAUGAAGAUACCAUAGAAGAGGUCUGCAAGCAGAUUAUCAGUCACUGGAAGGAAUGUUGCAACCGAUUGGCUGCCAGACAAAACACCGAUGACGCCGAAGUCCAGGCCAUUGCCAGCAUGAUAGAAAAACAGGCUCAGAUUGUGGUGAAACAGAAAGAGGUGUCUGAGGAGUCGAAAAAGAGAAAAGAGGCCCUUCUUGCUCAAUACGCUAAUGUGACGGAUGAAGAAGAUGAAGCUGAAGUAGAGCAACCACCAACUGGAAUUGAUGGUCCUGGAAGCGAUAAAUCCCUGUUCAGGAACACCAACGUGGAGGAGGUGCUGAACAGACAGAAGCAAAAGCGUGACCAGGCUCGAGAAGAUGCUCAGAAGAAGAAAGAAGUGGACAAAAUGCAACGAGAGAAGGACAAACUAGCCAAACAAGACAGAAAAGAGAAAGAGAAGAAACGUACACAAAAAGGUGAACGUAAAAGAUAAAAUCAAAAGAAAGGACUCUUAUUCUUUUUUUUUUUUUAUAAAAAGCUUGAUUUGCAAAAAAAUACUUAAAGAAUGGGAAGUAAAAGCUAGAAAUGUGUGCUUCUCUUAACUAAGUCUCCUAAUAUGUUAACAUCAUGUUUGUCAGAUUAUUGGUAAAGACUUUCUCACUUGUGAGAAACACUGAACUGGAUGUGUAGAACUAAAAUUCAUACCUGAAUACAUUUACACUAAUUUAAGGUAAUUCAGAGAAACCUUAGACAGGAUGUACCUAUGCUGAAACAAUGUUCUACCCUUAGGAAAUUCUUUUCAAAGUGUCAUACUUUGUUUAGGAUUUGACAUGUUCACCCGUUAAGAAAUAAUAAAGUUUGUAACUGUUAUUCCAGCAGGCAUCAUCUGAUAAAUGCUUCAUAUUUCUGCACAAUUCUCAAUAGAAAAUCAUCUGCAUUUUUACAUAUUAAGUUUUGGUUU